AUGGGUGGCAUUAACUGGCAACAAGGCGAGGCACCAUCAAGCGGGGGCUCAGCCUUGAUCGGUAUAAGCUUGACUUUAUCUGUGCUCCAGAUUCUUUUUGUCACGGCGCGGUUCUAUACUCGCUCUUUGCAACACACACAGCCUAGCGCUGAUGACUAUGUGAUGCUUAUUGCUUUGGUGUGUAUACUUCGUAUUGGAAGCCUCACCAAAGCCGUCAUCUAUAUUGUUUUGGUUGGGGUAGCAGGACUUGGGCAUCGUGUUGAAGAUCUUGCCUAUCCGCACCAGAAUAUUACUCUGAUGAGAAAGGGAAUUUUCGCUCUAGAAAUGCUUGACUUCCCUUUCACAGUAACCCCAGCAAAAUUAUCACUCCUGCUCUUCUACGUGCGGCUUUUUUACGUGCGAAUCUUCUAUGCGCGCAAGUCACAGAUUAUCCCAUACGCAAUUGGGGCAUUAGUGUUGGGGCUCGGAAUAACGGUGUUUUUUGAGACCAUAUUCCAGUGCAAUCCUAUCGCAUAUGCAUGGGACUCCACUCUCGACGGAACAUGCGUCAAUAAAACAGUAUUUUACCGUGCCAUCUCUCCCAUCAACGUACUCACCGGAUUGAUGAUCGUUGCACUACCCAUCCCGCUUAUUUGGAGUCUACAUGCAAGGAGAGGCCAGAAAGUAGCUCUGACAGGCGUUUUUCUACUAUCCGGAUUUGGGACUGCAGUCAGUGUUCUCCGAAUGGUAAUCUACUUCACAAGCCCAAGGGUUGAAUUCAACGAUGGAACCUGUCAGUUGCGAACCCUAUUAAACAACUGCCACAUCACAUCAUACUUACUUGUUGAUACAGGGUUAUCAAUCAAAUUGGGCAUUCUUUCAAUGGUCGAAAGCGCCAUUAUCGUCAUCGCUACCUGCCUAGUCAGUAUCUGGCCACUGGUCACCCACUUCAUGCCCGAAUCCCUUCUUGCAAGACUGUCCUGCUGUCGAUCACGGAGUAAUGAUCUCGACCAUCACCAUCACGAACAAUGGUUCACGCAUUCCAUUCAUACAGAAACAAAAAGUGCCGACCCGCUUAAAUAUGAAGGAAACUUUAUCCAGCGCGAGGUUAGUUGGAGCAGCCGGCCUUCUUCUCUAGCGGAACUGGAAGAUCACCGGUCAUGGAUUCUCGAGGAUGAAGACGAAAGUCUAAGACACCACCCUUGGGUUUCUUAUGAGGUGCAUAUUACAGCCGGGAUCUAA